AUGAUCGCCAGCGGCGUGGUUCGAUUCUCGCUUGCCUCUGUGAGAACAAGACUGGGAGAAGCCCGAUACGCUAUCUCCGAAUUUGAACAACGUAAUCUAUCUAUCUAUCUAUCUAUCUAUCUAUCUAUCUAUCUAUCUAUCUAUCUUUGGUUAAUACACUUGGAUGUACGGGUUGCGUCAUUUUUAGCGUCUCCGAACGAGAAAUCAGAUCAUUUAGAAGAAAACUUUUCGGUUAAGACACUUUCGUUAUAUAAUAUUUGGCAAAGUACUUCGACGAAAGGGAGAAAGGCUUGUUUCUUUUAUUAUACUUAUUCUUUUAUUAUGCAUAUCCUUUUAUUAUGCUUAUUCUUUUAUUAUGCUUAUUCUUUUAUUAUGCUUAUUCUCUUUCCUUAUUUCUUUUAUCUUCAUGACUUGGGAUUCAUUCCUGUCUUUAAUUCCUCUAUUUCUUUGAUUGAUUUCCUUUCUUUCCCACUUCUUCCUUUAUGUUUCUUUCCUUAUCUCUUCUACUUAUAUAUAUGCAAUCUAUCUAUCUAUCUAUCUAUCUAUCUAUCUAUCUAG